UUCUCACGACCCGGACCAGGAGUCGACCGGAAAGCCCAAGCGAAGCCCUUGAACGAAGUGGCCUUUUACCACAGCAAGCGAGCCGAGAGAUCUGGCGGAGCUUCGCGCGAUGGGGCGACCCGACUGAGGGACUGUUUUAUCCCCACCGAAAUCAAGACACUUGCCGGGGGGGGGGGAAGCGAGGAGAAUAUAUCUGGCGCCCGUUUGAAACCUAGCGCGUUCCAAAGACGCGGCGCGCUCGCUGCUCUGCGGCGGAAGAAGUUGCGCCAGGACAUGAGAUUAUCGAAAGGGGGAAAGAUGCCUUUAGCAAGAUGGGCGUUAAGUCUCGUCGUCCUAUGCGAGGUUGCCUUCGGGCUCUACUUUCCCAAGAGAGAAUAUCAUGAGAAUAUCUACCUUGAACAACCAGGCGGAACUCCCCUAUUGCAGAUUCAUGCCUUGAAAGAUUCUGAAGAGGAGGAGACUUAUUUUUGGCUGUGCCCACAACUCCGCAUCCAGCGAGUUGGAAGUAAAGACAAUUUCUGGUUUCAGAUCCAAGACAAAACUGGACUUCUUUUCCUCAAUAAGAGUCUGGAUAGAGAAGACUUUGAUACACUGUUUGCAGGGAAUUCGGUAUCAAUGUCAACGCUGAUCCUCCAAGUUUUCAUCUCACCCCAGCCUUUCCAAGGGAAAGAAUGCCCAGAAUCCUAUACCAUAUUGGUGAAGCUCUCUGUCAUCAAUGCCACCAUGCCAGCUUGUAGUUCUGGGAUGCCAAGCCAGUUGUGUUUUGCCGAUACGGACCUUACUUUUCACAUCAAGGAGAACAAACCACCAGGAAUAUUUCAUCAGCUUCAGUCAUAUACUCUACAAAACCGGUGCCAGAAUGCAAGUAUUUCUUACAAGGUGAUAGCAGAUGAAAGUCUCCCAUUCUAUUACAAUGAGGAAACCACAAGUAUUAGUGUGCCACAGCCUCUGGAUCGGGAGGAGCGAGAGAAAUAUGAACUGAUUGCUAAAUGUACAGUGACAGAAGGUUCCAAGGAGACUUCCAAGGAAGUGCCAUUUCUUGUAACUGUAUAUGAUGAAGAUGACAUGCCUCCCUUCCUACUUAAUGGCACGAACACAGCAGAUGCAGUUGUGGAGUUCAGUAGAAAAAAGGGCACCGUCAUUGCAGAAUUAACUGUCUAUGAUGCAGACACCACCCCUAUUUUCCCUAUAGAGAGUAGCAGGAAGAAGUACACUGGCACUCUCAGUACAUCUGAUCCGUGGGUAAAGGAAACAUUUCAAGUGGAGCAUAACUUCCAUGAGAUCUUUUUCAGCCCAACUGGCAGCCAAGUGAGGGGAACACGACAUGAAUAUAGAUUGGUGUUAAGCAAGAGCAUUUCAGUAACUGAAAGCCGCUCUCUCCAGCUGGAGGUUAUCGUGAACGACACAGAAUACCAGGGGGCCAAUAAAUCCCUGCUGCUCCACUUCAAUGUCUCUAUUCUUCCAGUCAGCAUCCAGUUUUCAAAUGUGACAUAUCAGUUCACAGUGAACAGAAAUGCUGCCAACUUUUCACAAAUAGGAAAAAUCUGCAUCGACAACUGUAUGAGAUUUUAUGGUGUCAACAUCACAUACGCCUUACAGACGCCAAAUGUCAGCUGCUAUGCGGUGGAGAUUGCUCAGGGCCAUGAAGAUCAGUUUGGGACCCUCUUUGUGAAUGACUCUGCUGUGUUACAGAGACCUGACUGCAAAGAAAUCCAGUACCCUCUACUAGCUAAAGAAGAGCAGAGCAGAAAAGAAGCUCUUACCUAUGUUACAAUUGUGCUUGAUGGAUCACUUAUACAUAACGAUGAUGGUUGCACAGACUCAUGUGCGAUGAGCAAGACCCGAUCAGAGUGUGAAGAGUGUGGUGGCGUUGGAGUGCUAAUGGGGAAAUGCCAGUGGAGACAGGGAAGUGGAAAAGGAAUAACAACAAACUAUUCCACCUGCAGUCCUAGUAUCAAGACCUGUCCAGAUGGUAUCUGUGAUGCUGUUGAGAGCAGAGAUAAAAGAAUAUGCCCUCAAGAUUGCACAAGGACCAACAUCGUUGGUGGCCAUCGCAAAGGCCUUAAUGGAAAUGGAAUCAAAGAAGGACACGGAGUUUGUCACUGCUUUCCAGGAAUUAGCUGUUAUUGUGAGAAAGAUGAUAUCAGAGACCCAUUGUGUGAUGAAAUGUGCAAAACUGUGAUCGCAGGGGGAGUCCUGCUGUCCUUCAUUAUUUCAGUGCUUCUUUCUUCCUACUUCAUCCAUCGCUAUCACAAGAAUUCCCCAAAGCCACCUAUUGCUUCAGCAGAGAUGACCUUCCGCCGCCCAGCUCAAUCCUACCCUAUAAGCUACUCAUCUACUAACGUUCGUCGACCAUCAAUAGACUCUGAGAACCAAAUGUCAGUAGACACAUUUAAAAUACCUGAGGACCCAAAGUGGGAAUUUCCUCGGAAGAACCUGGUGCUUGGCAAGACACUUGGAGAAGGAGAAUUUGGAAAAGUCGUCAAGGCAACUGCAUUCAGGCUUAAGGGAAAGGCUGGCUAUACUACUGUUGCAGUCAAAAUGCUAAAAGAAAAUGCUUCCCAAAGUGAGCUGAGAGAUCUGCUUUCAGAGUUCAAUCUUUUGAAACAGGUCAACCAUCCACAUGUUAUUAAACUGUAUGGAGCUUGCAGCCAAGAUGGGCCUUUGUAUUUAAUAGUGGAAUAUGCUAAAUAUGGCUCCUUGCGGAGUUUUCUGAGGGAAAGCCGGAAAGUUGGACCCAGCUAUGUGGGAAGUGAUGCCAACAGGAAUUCCAGCUACCUGGACAAUCCAGAUGAGCGAGCCUUAACUAUGGGUGACCUAAUCUCAUUUGCAUGGCAGAUAUCUCGUGGAAUGCAGUACCUUGCUGAAAUGAAGCUUGUACAUCGUGAUUUAGCAGCCAGAAAUGUCUUGGUAGCUGAAGGACGUAAAAUGAAGAUUUCUGAUUUUGGUCUGUCACGGGAUGUUUAUGAGGAGGACUCUUAUGUCAAGAGAAGCAAGGGUCGGAUACCUGUAAAAUGGAUGGCAAUAGAAUCUCUCUUUGAUCACAUCUACACAACUCAAAGUGAUGUAUGGUCAUUUGGAGUUCUGCUGUGGGAGAUAGUCACUCUGGGAGGUAACCCCUAUCCAGGUAUUGCUCCUGAGAGACUAUUUAACCUCUUAAAAACAGGCUAUAGAAUGGAGAAGCCAGAAAACUGCAGUGAGGAAAUGUACAAUCUGAUGCUUCGCUGCUGGAAACAGGAACCAGAUAAGAGGCCAACAUUUGCUGAGAUCAGUAAAGAAUUAGAGAAAAUGAUGGUAAAGAGUAGGGACUACUUAGACCUUGCAGCUUCCACCCCAUCUGACUCCCUGCUAUAUGAUGAUGGACUCUCAGAAGAGGAGACACCCCUCGUGGAUUGUAAUAAUGCUCCCCUCCCUCGAACCCUCCCUUCCACAUGGAUUGAAAACAAACUCUAUGGCAUGUCAUACCCGAACUGGCCUGAGGAGAGCCCCGUUCCACUCACAAGAUGCGAUGGCCCUAAGUCUGUGUUUUCAAGAUAUGCAAAUGAUAGUGUAUAUGCUAACUGGAUGGUUUCACCCUCAGCGGCAAAAUUUAUGGACAAGUUUGAUAGUUAACAAUUUCUUGGUAAAAGGUAAUGGACUCAGGAGGGGAGCAAAUUUCCAAAGAAUGGCCUUCUCCUUGGCUCAUUCUUUGCAUAGUAAGAACUGGUUGAAACAACAGGAACUUCUAGAAUGAGAAACAUUUCCCCUACUUUUUAGUAGUACCUAAAGUGGUUUCUCUGUCUUGUGUUGAAUACUAUAAUUGACUGCCCCCCCCUUUUAAAGUCAUAUCAAACUGGGUCAGAUGAUAGUUCCAGUUCUCGUGUUGGUUUUUGCCAUUCUCCAAGUAGUCCAUUUUGGUAGCUGUGUUUUACUUGUAGCCAGUGGACUUGAUACUUAUAGUGUUCAGGGCAAGGCCCAGUUCUGGAAUAGUCAUUAAGGGGGUGGGGUAGGGGAGAAACCCCAUUGUUUCACUAUAAACUGCUAUCUUGAUGGUCAUUGCUAAGAAAAAGCAAAUUGAUCAAAGCAUGAAGCACAAAUUAGAAGAUGGGAACAAUUUUCUCCAAAAAUUUCUGAGCUUGCUCUAGAGUUAAGUGUUACUAUGUUGUUGACAGUAACAAAUCCUAUGUUAAUGGGGGUUUGGGACCAAGAGCAUUGAGUGAUUCAAGUCAGUGUUGAAAUUCAACAUUUCAAGUCUUGGAAAACUGUAGAAAUAAUUUGUUCCAUCUUAAUGGGAGAAGAGGUUUUUGUUUAAAAAUUAGGGUUAAAUUGUUCUUACCUUUAGCACAAUGGAAACUUUGAUAUCAGAUAUACUGUAACAGAGACUUGAUCUCCAGAGUGCCCACCUGACACAACUUAAAUUUCUACACAUCCAUUUUACUGAUGUCUCAAAAUCUGCUCAGGAUGCUUUGAAAUGACCUAAAGCAAAGGAACCUGGUUGCAGUCAUGUCCAGAGAAUUUUUGUCCUUUCAGCUCAAAACACUUCAUUUCUGCCACCUGUUGCACAACCAACAGGAAACUGCAGACAUAGCAUUGGUUCCCUGUUGAGAAUUGGGAGUCGACUUAUAUUUGCAUGCUUUCUUUCUCCCCCUAAAUUGCAGUUAAACAGUUGGGACCACCAAUGUUCACCAUGGUUCAGGUUAAUCAGGGUUCCUCAUAUCCCAGGAGCUGAAUCCGUCUUUAAACUGCAUUCAGGCUAUGGUAGAAUGGGAAUCCUGCUUAUCCUUAACCACAAUUAAUGUUGGUGUUGACAAACUGACUGUGGUGAAGGAGAAAGGCCCUGCAGGGAAAAGCACACCUUCCCAAAGCCAGUUCCUUGUUUUUAACAACAGGUAACAGGAACCUCAUCUUGCAUCAACCCUUGGAGAACCUUUUAUUUACACAACUCCAUUGUUUUCUUGUCAACCAUGUGCUGACAAACUUUUUUAUUCACUACAGUCUUUACUCCUUUUUGUUAAUUUUUUCUCUGUCAGUAUGGGAAAUAUGUCUAAGACUUUUUUGUUUUUUAAAGAGUAAAGCUAAUAAUGGAUGUGAUGUUUUAACUUUGGCAUGGUGUUUUGUAAAAUAAUCUGACUUACUGAGCUUGGAUGAAAUGGUUAAUAGACAUGGCAUUACAUUACUGUAUUUUGUUUGUAAUUUCAUAAUGUUAAGGAAGGAAGGGGGAUCCUGGAAUGUUAACUUAAUGUGUUUAUCCUUUUUGGAUACUGUUGCAUAAUCAAAAAUUAUACCAAAGUAUUGCUUGUCUCUUAGGUUUCAGCUAUAUAAUUCUGUGCGUCUCCUUUGUGUGUCCCAAUUAUUCCAGAAAUCAAUGAGUCAGAUUGCCAAAAACUGUAACCACUGUUUAAUGCAAAAGGUCUGAACACCUCAAUAGGAUAAAAUGGUUUGAAAGUAAGCCUGUUCAUAGACAAAGGAGCAGGUUAAAGUUAUCUUUCUGUAAGCUAACUACUACGCUAGACACUGUGUUUACAAUAAAAUAUAACUGCCUACAGAGAUGUGAAACAGCCCUGAUUAUAUUGUAACAAGCAAUCAUCUCAAAUAAUAAAAACUUAA